AUGAGAAUUAAUUAAGAACAAAACAAUAGGAAAUUAACCAAGAAUUUAUCCAAUGAAACUAUGGUUUCAGCCAAAGAGCUGGUUGAAGAUAGCAAGGCAGCUAUCAAAUUUGAAGUGACAUAACUGGUGAGGAGACAAUACUCUGUCGAACAUAGAUAAUCAACCAAAAAGGACGUUUGGAAAAGUAAAAUCCUGACAUUAAAACAACACUUAUUCUUAGAUUAAUUUGUUGGAACAUAUAUUCAGUUAAAAAAGGAAUGCUGGAUUGUUAAAGAAGAACAAUCCUCAUAACAUAUUGUUUGUAAGAAAUCAGAUAAAGUUAAAAUUCUCCUGCAUAUAACUAUAUUUAUAUGCCAGGAUAAUGUGCUCAUUAAUGUAAUAUUGCAAUAGGCAUUCAUAAAUGUAAGGACCUUUUUGAUAAUUUUAGCUUCCUUCAAGUGAGUAAUAUGAGUUUGUUACAAUAUUUUGUAGAAAUGAAAUUCUAGAUUUAGUUGUCUUUAACUUCUAUUUUAAUAAAAAAUAUAUAUUAAUGAAAGUUAAAAACGAGCUGAAAGUAUCGUUUAUAGGCUUUAUCUAAAAGAAAACGACCUCUUAGAGAGUUAUUAUCUGUGGGGAUUUUAAUUGUAGCAACGUUGAAUUUGAGGGGUUCCUUGAAUAUUAUGGAUCUGAAGGACAGAACAAUAAAUGGUCGAACCUGAACAUCAUUAUUGGAUGCUGUAUUUAUUGA